AGAGCCGCCGCUGUGGAGGGGGCGUGCCUCACCGCGCCGGCCCAGACGCGUCCAGUACCGUCCCGCACAGUCGUGAACUGACCGUGACCCUGACCCUGAGUCGUGAGCGAGACUCGUGAGGUGACAUCGCGACCCAUCGGUGAUUUCGAUAGCCAGCGGCAGCCGUGAGAGGUGCGCCCUCUGUGCUCUGUUCUCGGCAGAAAUCGUGUUGGAACGCUCUCCUAACUCGGUGGCCUUCGUCUAACGGUGUGGCGCCCAAGGUUGUCGGUGCGUGGCUCGCUGGCUGGUUCCGAGAGUCACCGUGCGGCGGUCUGGUGAGGAAGGCCGUGGCGGGCGCGCUGUUGGGUGUGGUCGGACCGCAGCUCGGGAGCUGAGCGAAACGGAUGAUCGGUGUUCGUCAGUGCACGUCAUCAGCGGAAGCGGUGUGACGGGGCGCGCGGCGCCGAUUCAAGGUGAAGACUCAGAUAGAAUUGUGUUCGGCAGUGACCGCAGUGAUCGAGAUUGGAAGACAUUGACGAGUGUUACGAACUGAAUUCGGGAGUGAUUACGGAUAUCUGAUCUUCUCGGUCAGUGAUUGCGAAACGCCCACGGCAGCUCUGCUUCUGCAGAUACCGCAGCUUUCAUAUAACUCUUCGUUGGAUGACAAGUGCAGGUCUCGCCUCUGCCUGAGAAGACCGUAGAUAUCACCUGUCAGAGGACGUUCACAGAGUUCCGGUGUCCCAGGUCUGAGCGGAACAGAGCCGCCGCGGCUCGGCCACCUCAGGCCCUUCUCGCGGCCACCGUUCGCCGACCCAGCUGCUCGUCCGUUGAUUGGCCGGCCCCACAGUGACGUCACAGCGCUCAUGACAUCGGACAGCGCGUUCGCCCCAGCCGGACAGUUCACGGUGUCCUCGGGGGUGCCGGCGCCGGCGGCCGGCCUCAACCCGGAGGCGCACGUGUUUCAGCUCUCCUCUGCCGGCGGCGGGGGCGGCACCUCGGACGCCGCCGCUGCCGGACUGGCCGCUCCUGCUGAUGCUGCCGUUCAUAUCGCCGUCCAGGGCUGGGACGGUGACGGUACCGGACUGGCGGCGACGGACCCCGCGGCGGCCGCGGCAGCUGGAUACGUGAUGACCCCGUCUGACGGCGCCUCCUCGGUGUCGCCGCAGUCUUCAGGGGACGGCUCCUCUUUGUACGUGAAUGGUCUGGAGAAGGCGGGCGGAGAGUACGCAGUGACAGCUCCGAUGAACGGCAACGGGCUGUUGAGCCAGGGUAGCCCACAGUCGGUGGACAGUGGCCUGGGAGUGACGACGGGUGCCGGGACGCCGGCGGCCGACGCCGCUCCGCAGAUGGCCGGCGAGGCGGCGGCGCUGCUGGCCGGCCCGCCGCCGGCGGCCGCCCCGGCCGCGGCGCCGGCGCCACUCCUCCAGCAGACCGGGCCCGUCUUCUACCCGACGCCGCAGAUGGACGGGAGCAUACCGCUGGACCAGCUCAAACAGCGCCUGCAGCACCAGCUCGAGUACUACUUCUCCAGGGAGAACCUGGCCAAUGAUACUUACCUGAUGUCUCAAAUGGACCCCGAUCAGUAUGUUCCUAUUUCGACUGUGGCCAACUUUAACCAGGUCAAGAAGCUGACCAACAAUAUUGAGCUCAUCACGCAGGUGCUACAAGACUCGCCCAAUGUUCAGGUGGAUGCGACGGGUACCCGGGUGCGGCCCAACCACAAACGGUGCACGGUGAUACUGCGAGAGGUGCCCGACGCCACGCCCAUGGAAGAGGUCAAGGCCAUUUUCGAGAGUCCCAACUGUCCCAAAGUGGUAAACGUGCAGAACGCGCGGCUCAACAACUCGUGGUACGUCAACUUCGAGUCGGACGAAGACGCGCAGAUGGCCUACAGAUACCUCCGAGAGGAGGUUCGGUGCUUUCAGGGUAAACCAAUCAUGGCUCGUAUCAAGGCGCAGCCCAUCAUUAACCGGAUGUACAACGCGCCGCCCGGCUCGGGCGGCGCCAAGAACGGGUUCGUGGCGACUGCGGGCGGCGGUGAGCCGCCGGCGGCGCCCUACCAGGUGAACGGUGCCGUGCCGCCGGGCCGCUACCAGUACCCGGUGGCCACGCCGACGUCUGCGCCGCCGGCGGCCACGGCGGCCGCCUACACCCCGCCGCAGCCGCAGCAGAGCCAGUUCAGCGCCUUCUACCAGUUGCCGCAGCCCUACUUCCCCAACCUGUCGUUCUACGGCGCCACCGGCACGGGCCUGUUCGAGAUCAGCUCGGCACCCGUGUUCGCCUUCAACGGCCUGGCGCCGAACGCCACCUUCAAGCCCAACUCGUCCAAUGGGCGCUACGGCGGCAGCGGCGGCGGCGGCGGACGCAACAGGAACGCGAAGCGGAGCCAGUCAGGCAGCUCGGCGGACCACAACCGGGGCGGUAUGGGCCUGCAGGGCGCCUACAAUACUCAAGGUCACAGUACAUAUCAACCGGCACAUAUGCAGAGCUUACCGCCGGGCGGCGGCGGCGGCAGCGGCAGCCACAGCUACCCGAACGGCCGCGGCUCACGCGGCUCGCACUCGCGCAGCUACAGCAACGACUACGGCCGGUCGGAGGGAGGCCACGGCGGCUCCGGCCCGGCCUCCGUCUCGGCCUACCAGCUGGCCGGCUCCUCCUCUAGUCAGCUGGUCAGCGGCUCGGGGUCGGGCGGCGGCUCGGCCGGCGCCGGAGACGGCAAACGGGACGAGUCCGGCUCGUACGGCUCCGGGCGGCAUCACAGUCAGUCGGAGGGGCGCGAACAGAGGCCGUCCCGACCGUACAACUCGCGGCGGCCGCGGCGGCGGGAGGACGAGCCGCGAGCGCACACCUCCGGCCCCAACAAGGCCGGCUCCGGUCAGGGCGGCUCACACUCGGCGGCCAAAGAGCGGCCGGCGAGCGGCGCGCCGCCGGCCGAGCCGCGGCCGCUCGUGAAGCCGGUGGGGCCCGAGUUUGACCUGGGCGGCUCCAUGUUCCCGCCGCUGCCGGGCGCGCCGCCCGGCGACGCCUCCUCGCCGCCCGAGGAGGAGGGUGAGGCGCCGCGCGUGCCGCCACCACCGCCGGCCGCCGCUGGACUCGAGUCGCGGCUGGCCGACGUGGUGAAAGGCACCGCUCGGGCAGCGCCAGCGCCUGCCAAAUCCUCAACGGCAGGCGGCAAACAGCCAUCGAGACCCGACUCCCCGGCGCUGCCCGAGCCGGCCGCCGAGAGCCGCGACAAGGCGGCGCCGGCCGCCGCUACCACCGCCCCCUCCUCAGCGCCGGCCGCCGAGACGCCCAUGGUCAACGGCGGGGUGCACGAGCGAAAACCGCCGACGCCGCCGUCGGCGCGGCCGUGCCCCGAGUCUCCGCAGCCGAGCGUCGUCAGAAAGAUGGCCAGCUCUCCGCAGCCGGCGGCGGCGGGACGUCGGGCGCCCGCCUCGCCCCAGCCGGCGCCGACGGCGGCGGCGGCCGUCCGGAAACAGCCGCCCUCUCCUCAGCCGGCCGCCGCGCGGAAACCGCCCGCCACCCAGGGAGCCGGCGCACCAAACAGUGCGGCCAAGCCGAAGAGGACGGAGGAGCGGCCCGAGUCGACGCCGGAGGAGUCUGGUGCGCCGUCGGAGCGGACAGACGUCGAGACGACCUCUGAGGCCGCCGACGGAUCGCUGGCGCCGGCUGCCACCGUUAGCUACGCACAGAUGGCACAGCGGGGCCGCGAAAAGAACGAAAAGCUGGCCCAGGAGGUCAAAGAGCGCGACGUCAAGGAGCGGGAGGAAGAGAAGAAGGCGGCCGCCGCUGCUGCCAAGCCGGCGGCGGCGGCCGGCCAGGCGCAGUCGCAGCCCUCGCACGCCGUGCAACGCUCCAACAGCGCGAGAAAGCCCGGAGACGACAAGCGACGGCCGCUGAUGGAUAAGCCGGAGCGGAUGGUACGCCGGGAGCCGCGCGACUACCGCGAGCCGCCUGCCGCGCGGGAGGCGCGCGCCGCCGAGCCGCGCGACGGCCGGGAGCUGCGGGACACUCGGGAGUUGGCGCGGGACGGCCGCGAGCCGCCGCGCGCAGACUACAGGGAGGUGCGCGACGAGCGCCGCCGGCCGGCCGACGAGCGAAUAGAGCGGCCGCCCUUCAGGAAGCCCGAGCGGCCCCGCUCGCCCAAGUGAUAUAUCUAACCAGUCCGCAGACUAGUGAUCCAUUGUGCAAUCGACGUUUCUCAAUUGGGAGGCGGCUGGCGCCUGUGAUGAUGCGACACGCGCGUGCUCGGUGAGUGGGCCGGCCGGCCGUCGGGUCAGGAGUCGGUGGCGGCCGUCCGCGCUGCAGGAAGACGAGGAGCAGGAGCGCGCGAGAGCCAGAGAGAGACGGGACGCCGGUGAGCCCGGCACGCCGCCGGCGUCCAGACGACAAGUGCCUCACUUAGGGAUAUCUACUGUUGCGAGCGUGCGCCUGUGCGAGCGAGCGAGCGCCGGCCGGCAGGGAGAGAGUGACACGGGGCGGCUCGGCGGCCGGCUCCCACUAGUCGCCGAUGGUUGUGCGGGAGGCGCUGGCGCCACCGCCGCUCCCCGUCCGCCGCCCACCAGCGUGUGCGUGUGCCAAACGAAUCAAAAACUGGCGGCCGAACUGCUCAGCGCUGGACGCGCCGGCCGACGGACCGCGCCACCGGGUGACUCGGCCCGCGUCGCCACCGCCCGCCGGGCGCGCCUAUUUAUACCGGCCGCCGAUUGUGUGAGAGAGUGAGAUAGCCGGUGAGCGAGUGAGCGAGUGACAGAGCUGGUGGCUUAUUUUUGACGAGUGCCGUGCGCGGCCGAUGGGGACUGCCGCGCGGCGCGGCCGCCGCCAGCAGCCGUCAGUGUGGAUUGAGUUGUACAUAGACGGGCUGUGAGUUGUUGAGGAUUUUGCCAUCUGACUGGGUUGUGUCGCUCCGCUGUCUGCCUGUCCCCGCCUCUGUCUCUUCGUCGCUGUACUCUGCCCCGCCCCGCCCCGCCCCUCUGUCGCCCCUCCGGUCGCGCGUUCCCCCUCCCCCGGUCUCCUCGUGCUCGCGCACGUGUGUCGUUUCACGUGCUCUGUUGGCCGGACUCGAUCUCGGCCGCGGCUGCGACCGCCCGUGGCGCGGAGUAGGGCGCGUGGCGCGGAGCUGGCGGCGGCUCGUGGGCUGUCCGCCGGCUGCUGCCGCCGCCCGGCCGGCCGCUGCCACCGCGCCCCCCGUUUUAAGCCGUCGACUGAUGAAGCGUAUACUGCCGCCCGGGGUCUACACAUGCUAAUUUUGUAAUCGGGAGUGAUUUUCAUAAAUCCUAGUUUGGUUUGGAUUCCUCGCACAUGCAGUUGCUCAGGAGAGGAGUAUGGUAUGAUAUUGUAUGAUUUUGUUUUACUAGUUGUGUUAAUUUUUAUAUGUAUAUAAGUGAACUUGGUUUCGAGCGCAGCCUACCCUGCCCCACUUACACCGGCCCGGCUCUGGAGGGGUGGCCGUCGGUUCGUCAGGUGACCGGCCGCCGUCCGGCGCCGCCCGCCCGUCCGCCGGCCGGCCGGUACCCUGUACAUAGCCUGUGUAAUGACGAGCCGGCCGGCCGGGGAGGUGUGGCGGCACGGAGCCGGCCUGGGAGCCGGGAGCCGCUUCCCAGCGGAGCCGGCCGACGCCCGACCCGCGCCCGCCCGCCCGCCCGGCCACCCAUCCCUUCAUGCAAAAUCGAUUGUCGUUGAUGUCGUACGCUGCUCGGCUAUGAUUGAACUUUCCGUGCCUUUCAGUGGUAGUCUCCGUGGUACGGUAGUGACUGUCGAGAACGUGCGCCCCUCCCACUAGAUUUUAUGUCGGGAUGUGUACCUGCCAGUGUAUACAGCUUUGGGGUAUUAGGUUCUGUUGAAAUUAAGUUUGAAAUAAACUUGCCUACAAUAUUGUGCAUAAUCGGGCGUUUUGAUAGGCGCGGCGGACCGGCCGGCCGGCUGGCAUGAUUGGUGUGAUUGUACGAGAGAAAUUAUUGGCUGAGUGUGAUGAUUCUGUUGCGUUUCUUGAUAAUGUAUGAAUCUGGAGAAAAUGCC